AGAUGGCUGCCUCGGCGGCAACGGCGAGUUCUCCCCCAGGUUUGUGUCCAAAUUACGCCGUGAUUUGCUCCUUCCUGGAGCGCUACGGCGUGCUGCUGGACCUGCCGGAGCUCACCUUCCCCCAGCUGGAGCGAUACCUGCAGGAAACAUCCUCAGUUCCAAAGCUGCUGGUCGAUCUACACGUCAAGUUGCUGAGGAAGAUCGGCAAGUCAGUGUCAGCAGAUCGAUGGGAGAAAUAUCUACUGAAGAUAUGUCAAGAAUUCAACACGACGUGGGCGUGGGAACUAGAACAGAAUGGAUACAAGGAGCUGUCCAUGGAGUGCAAGACGGGAAUACUUAAAUAUUUGUGUGAGUGUCAGUUUGACGAUAAUGUCAAGUUCAAAACGGCCAUCAAUGAUGAAGACCCGGACAAGAUGCGUCUGCAGCCGAUCGGCCGGGACAAAGACGGUCAGAUGUACUGGUUCCAACUGGACCAGGACGACAAUGUGCGCGUUUAUCUGGAGGAGCAGGACGACUUGGACGGGUCGUCGUGGAAAUGCAUCGUCAAAGAUAGAAAUGACCUGGCCGAGGUCGUGGCUCUGCUGAAGACACAAAUCGACCCGGAGCUGUUAAAAAGAGAUCUAGAAAACAAACCUGAGGGUGAAGUUAAAAAGAUUGAGGACACAUCAGAUGAAGACAGCAAAGACUCCACCAAGGCUUCUGCUCCAGUCUCACCAAAGACGGAGAAUAAUGAAAAAGAAACACAGAAAGACGACUUAAAAUCUGAAACUUCUGACACCAAGUUGUCUCUGAACGGCGUCAUUGAGGGUAAAAGCGAAGCAGAGCUCAAUUCAGGAAAAUCUGCGGAGGAUCUGGAUAUCAGUGCGAAAGCCCAGAGCAUCAAAGAAGAGCCGAUGGACGUGUCGGACUCUAAAACGAGCACAGUAACAAGUGAACCCGUCUCUGAGACGCCGUGUUUAUCAGUGAAGGCAGAAGAGUUAAAGAAGAGCAGUGCGGAGGAGAUUCAACAAGCUCUGAAGAACGACCAACAGGCCAAAAUCCCUUUGAAAAAACGGGGAAUGAAGUUUAGUGAAGACUUUGAAAAGAAUAGUGGCAUCAUAGUGCAAAACCCGUCCGUUUCUCAGGUCAAGGAAGCUCCUAAAGCGGACUCGACUCCCGAACAGAACAAGAAAGCUCCGAGUGUAAAUGUUAACGGAGAAGUUCAGCCUUCAUCAGAGAAAGGCCUCCUGAGUCAUUCGUCGCUAAAAGACGCCGCCGUCGACAAAGAGAAGACGACUGAACCGGCUGCAAAUAAAUCUGUAGAAAGGACAGAAAAGGACUCUUCGUUCACAGAUAAGGAGGAAGCGAAGGGUAAAAAGGAUGACGCUUGCAGUGCAGAGAAGCUCACAGUCGGAGUCGCAUCGAACAAAGAAGACUCGGGCAAGAAAAAGCUAGAUGUGGCGGUAGAAAAGGAAAGUACUGCAGCAAAAGAAACUUCAGAGUCUCCAAAAGAAACGCCGGCUUCACCGAAAGACGUAAAUAAUGCAGCAGAGAAGACGUCUCAUCAUGAAGAGCAAGAAAAAAUGACAGGAUCCAAACCAGAAGCCACAAAAGAGACAAGUACAGUAGACAAGACAUUAAAGAGAACUGGGGGAUCAGAGAAAGUCACAUCCAAAGACGUUGAAUCAAAAGAUUCAGAGCAAAAACCAGCCAGUGUUGACGAAUCAGAGUCGAGUAAGACUGAAAAAACCAGGACGUCAGAAAACGUAACAGCUGUGAUUCAAACAAACAUGAGUGAAGCUAAAGAAACAGCGUCACGUGAGAAAUCAACGCCUAAAGAAAAGCCAGGAGUCAUCAAAACAACGGAGGGCAAAGACAAAGAUGCUGCAAAGAAAUCUGCUGACUCAUCAUCUGUCAUUAAAAAGACUCAAGUAUUAAAAGACAGUGAGGAUACGGUCCAAAAGGUCCUUAAAAAGACAGACAAACCAGCAGUCAGUGAGAAAUCAGAAGGAAAAUUAAAGGCUGAAAAGAUCGUUGAGUCUUCUGUGAUUAAGAAGUUGGAUGAAUCAUGUAAACCUGUGGAGAAGACUGCAGAGACGAACGCUGAAAAGGCGGAGAAGAGAAAAGAGACUGAAGAUUUUAAGAAGAAGGUCAACUGUGAGGACGGUACGAUACAAGAUGCUUCCAAGAUCAGCAGCGCUGCAGCCGGGCCUGUGGAGGAAGAAGCAGUGGCCGUUAAACACGAUCUGACAAAACCACAAGAAGCUGACAAAGCUGAGGUUAACUCGGUUGAACGUCAGACGACAGAGGAAGCUUCUGUAGGGAAAGAUAAACAGUCCAGAGAUGUCAAGAAGACAAACGUCUCUGAAAGUGAUAAAAGGACUGAAAGAACAGACAAAGAACAGGAAGCUAAAGACAAGGAGGCAGAGCGUCCGUCAACAGAGAGUAAAAGGGACGCAGACAAGGAAAAGAAAGAGGACACAGACAUUGAUAAGGAAAUUGACACAGACAUUGAAAAGAAGAAGGACACAGACAAGGGCACAGCUAUUGGAAAGAAGAAGGAAACAUACAUUGAGAAGAAGGACACAGACAAGGAAAAGAGAAAAGACACAAACAAGGAAAAGAGAAAAGACACAAACAAGGACACAGACAUUGACAAGAAAAAGGACACAGUAAUUGAAAAGAAGCAAGACACAGACAAGGAUCAGAAAAAGGACACAGACCAGGAAAAGAGAAAAGACACAGACAAGGAACAGAAAAAGGACACAGACCAGGAAAAGAGAAAAGACACAGACAAGGAACAGAAAAAGGACACACACAAAGACACAGAAGUUGAAAAGAAAAAGGACACAGACAAGAAAAAAAAGGACACAGACAUUGACAAUAAAAAGGACACAGACAUUGACAAUAAAAAGGACACAGGACACAAACAAGGAACAGAAAAAGGACACAGACAAGGAACAGAAAAGGACACAGACAAGGAACAGAAAAAGGACACAGACAAGGAACAGAAAAAGGACACAGACAAGGAACAGAAAAAGGACACAGACAAGGAACAGAAAAAGGACACAGACAAGGAACAGAAAAAGGACACAGACAAGGACAUAGACGUUGAAAUGAAAAAAGGCACAGACAAGGUCGCAGAAGUUGAAAAGAAUAAGAACACAGACAAGAAAAAGGACACAGACAAGGAAAAGAAAAAGGACACAGAAGUUGAAAAGAAAAAGGACACAAACAAGGAACAGAAAAAGGACACAAACAAGGACACAGAAGUUGAAAAGAAAAAGGACACAGACAAGGAAAAGAAAAAGGACACAGACAAGGCAAAACAAAAAAAUGACAGUGAGAAACAUCUUUGUCAAGACAAAGAAAAUCAAAAGGAUUCCACGACAGAUAAACUCUCAAAAACAGAUGAAACAAAAGAGAAUAAACUCGUUAAUAAAGAAAGUGAAACCUCGACUGAAUCGGAUAAAUCUGCUCCUCAAAUCGUGAGCAAAGAACUCGACGGCAAAUCCUCAACUGAAACGGAGAAAGACGUCCGGCCGAGCAAAGAACCGGAAACUGAAAAGCCUGCUGACGAGGAAAGUAAAAGCAAAAGUGAAGAAGAGGACUCUGCAGCAAAGAAAGAGGUGGCGAACGGCGGGGAAACUCGGACUUCCUGUCGGAAAAUCAAACCCAGAGGCCACAGAAGGAAACUGGAACUUCUGAGAGAGGAGAGACAAGCGGAUUCAGAGUCCGACACGAACACGGGGAGGUCUCUCCGGAGGUCGCCGAGGAUCUCCAGACCGACGGUGAAGGCCGUAGAGAUCCACGACAAGAAGGUAGAGAAAUCACAAACCACUCCGUCAGGUGAGAAGAACGAAGACGACAAGGGCGAGAAAGAAAAAGACGAGGAAGAAGAGGAGGAGGAGGAGGAGGUGAACGCUGUUCAGAGGAAACCAAGGGAGAAAAAGGUUGAUCAGGAGGGUCAGCCCAAACCCAAGGGGAGGAAGAGACGGAGGGUUCGGUGGUCCAACACGCGAACGCGCCGUAAAAAGAAAGGCUCCGAGGAUGAAGAGGACAACAGCGAGGAGGAGUCCAGCUAUGAGGAGGAGGAGAGCGAGGACGACAGCGACGAAGACUACAAGAUCGAGAGAAGCAGGAAGAGAAGGAAUCGAAACCGAGAAAGACGAAGCUCGGACUCCUCGACGUCCACAGACGACGACCUACCUCCCAACGACGACCCCUGCAAACAUUGUGGUCUUCCAAAUCACCCUGAACUGAUCCUUCUGUGUGAUUCGUGUGACAGCGGGUAUCACACCGCCUGUCUGAGGCCUCCGCUCAUGAUCAUCCCCGACGGAGAAUGGUUCUGUCCACCAUGUCAACAUAAGCUACUCUGCGAGAAAUUAGAAGAGCAGCUAACGAACCUCGACGCAGCUUUGAAGAAGAAGCAACGGGCCGAGAGAAGGAAAGAGCGUCUAAUUUACGUUGGAAUCAGUCUUGAAAACAUCAUCACGCCAUCAGGGGAGGUGGAGGAGGAAAAGCCAGAGAUCAUCAUCAAAGAGAAGAAAGAAACGAAGCGGAGUAAGAGCUGGGGACGAAGGUCUACGAGGAACAAGAAAUCCAUCAGCUACAGAUUUGAUGAAUUCGACGAGGCGAUCGAGGAGGCGAUUGAGGAAGACAUCAAAGAAGCAGAGGGUGGAGGAGCAGGUCGCGGUAAAGACAUGGCCAACAUCACAGGUCACAGAGGAAAGGACAUGUCCGUCAUCCUCCAAGCAGACGAGGGCAAAGAGAACGGCCGCCCGCCUCGACCCUCCGCCGGCCAGCGCAGGAAAAAACGCCGGCGACUCAACGACCUGGACAGCGACAGCACCGUGGACGAGGAGGAGAGUGAGGAAGAGUUUCGCAUCAGUGAAAGCUCAGAAGAAGAGUUCGUCGUGUCCGAGAACGACUCUGAAGGCGAGUCGGAGUCCAACAACAGCGACUUUGGCAACAGCAGCAGCAAGCGGCGAAACUCCUCGCGGCGCAGGAAGCCGCUGAAAAGUCGGCGAAGCUCCAGAAAGCGGCGAAGACCGAAAGGGUACUCGGAUGAUGAGGAGGAGGAAACGGAUGAGGACGAUGAAGAUGAAAUAGUGACUGAAGGCUCCAGCGAAUACAGCGACAGUGAUCUGGACAUGAGUCGACGGCGGUCUCGGCGGAGUCAGAAGAAGAAGGUGAACUACCGCGAGACGUCCGAGUCCGAAGGCUCUCAGGCAGAAACCAACCAGGCCAAGAUGAAACCCAGAGGACGCCAGGACAGCUCCGAAAGCGAAGCGAGUUUCUCCAAAGGCUCCGAGGAGGAGUCGAGGGAUCGGAGGGUGAAGAGGAGAGCCGACUCCUCGGAGGAGGAUUCCCGGCAGCGGCACCGACGCCUCGCUCUGAAGCGCAGGAGAGCCUCCGAGGACGACGACUCGGACGACGACUCUGACGAAUCGUCGGAGGAGGACCGACCAAUCCGGAAACGAGUGAACCGCAUCGACUCGGACGACAGCGAGGAGGAGGAGGGAGAAGAGAAGGAGGCGGAGAAGGAGGCGGCGGAGAAGGAGGCGGCGGCGGUGAAACAGGAGGAGAAAACGAAGGAGAAGAAAGAAGAUGAAAAAGAAGACGAGGAGUCAAAGGGAACAAACGUAGUGGACUCCACUCCGGCGGAGAAGCCACCAACCAACGGACAGAGCCAGAUAAAGAGCCUCGAGGCCCUCACAACACAUCCAGAACCGCCCAAAAACAUCACCGCCACACCAGCUGUUGCCAUAGCGCCCAACGGUCAGGUCGGCCAGGAGGUGGCGGCGCCGGAAGAAGACGAGGACGACCUGUUAGGAGUCACAGACCUGGUGGAUUACGUCUGCAAUAACGAAGAUUUGUAAAAAACAAACAAAAAAACAUAAACAAAGACGGUGUACUGUUUCAUUUUUUGUGGUAUUGUAUUUUUAUAUUGCUUAACUUUAUUAUUCCCCCCCCCCACCAACACUUUCCUUAUCGUCCUUUUUACUUGUGUCAUCUGGACCUUGAGUCUCAGCGAAGAACUGGAUCCCCGUCACCAGUCUGUCCCUGUGGGAUUGUUCUACAAUGAAGGGCACCAAACUAUCGACGCUCAUUUGUUUGCUGAUAAUCCGUUUAUCCUCAUCAUCCUCAUCCUCUUCAUCCUCAUCAUCCAGCUCCACUGCCAAACCACCUCCCUCCUCUUUAAACAGGUCUCUCAUUUCUCCUUUCACAUUAUCUGUUUCUUUUAUUUUGUUACAUUCAAGAUUUCUACAAAUUUUGUCUCAUGUUCUCGUCUACAUUGAUGGAAAAUGUAAUUGUUUAAAGAGGUUAAAGAAGGCCAAUUUGAAUGCUAACAACUUUUUAAUCUAUUUAAAGAGUAAAAUCAUCAAAAGUCAUUCCACAAUUGAUUUUAAGUUCUGGGUACUGUUUGAAAAAGAAUCUUGGUUGUACUUUUUAUAUUUUGGAAAAAGUGAUUAAUUUCAUUUGACUUCAGGCAGCAGCCCAGUUAGCUUAGUUUAGCUACAAGGGAGCCUCUUUCUACUGGUCUAGCUAUCGUGACUAGCUAUAACGGUAGCUAAAGAUGGACUUCUGUUCUAUUCUGUUCUGUCUUUUUAAAAUUAUUUUAAUUGGCAACCCACAAAAUAAAUCAGAAUAUCUCUAAACUGUACGUUAUGUCUCUGAAGUGUAGAAACAUCAUUAUCUUCCAUAAAACAGCAAAUUGUCAUUCUCACACUUCAGGUUUUGUACCGAUUUAACAGAUGAGAUAAAACGUGUUAAUUAGGGAAACUGCUCUUUGUUAUCUUUUUGGCAAAGCAAUGCUAGCUGUUUCCACCCGUUUCCAGUCUUUGUGCUAAGCUAAGCUAACCGGCUGCAAUAUUAAACGCUCUGAUAUGUUUUGAUACAUGAAGGCGGUAUCUAACUCAAAAUGUCUAUUGCAUCAAGCUUUUCUGUUAUUUUCUUUUGUUCAAACAUAACGUGUGAAAGCUUUAGAUGAGACUAUUUGUUCUUGUCGAAUAACCUUCAUCUGUCAGCCCACUCCUCGAGCUUUUUUGUUGAAUGGUAGAGUAGCUUUUGUAUAUUGUAUACAUAUAUAAUUAUUUUAACUAUGUGCGCUGCCAUCAGUAUCAGUGGUGACCCCUCUGUUGCGUUUGUUUGGGUUAACAAAUCGGAUGUAAACCUCAGCCCUCCUACUCUUGAGCUCUAGUGUAGUUUCCAUUUAUCACAUUUAUGUUAACUUUUGUGAUUUUUAUUUUUUAAUAAUGUAUUUUUUUGUAUAUCUAAACUUUCAUUUUUUGUUGUUGUCUCUUUGAGCAAAAUGUAAAGUGUCUUAUUUUUUAUUUGUACAUUGUCUUUCAUGGAAAAGGUUAAAAAAACCUGCAGACACGUUGCUUUUAUUAACUACGAUAACACUAAGCUCCAAAACAACCCUCGUUUAUUUUUGUUUUCAUUUUUGUUUUCUUAUCCUUCCCCUCUGGAUCUUCCCAUGUUUCUAUUCACAUUCUCUAUUUUCAUAAUCUUGAGUUUAUUUGGGUGAGGUUGCAGUAAACUGCAGACUUUUUAAGACCUCAAACCAAAUCAAGAUUGUGUAAAAAAUAACCAAACUUAGUGGAAUAAUUUGUUUUUGAAGCGAUAGUGAGGAUGCAUUUUUCUUUUUCUUUUGAAUGAGGGAAAUGGACAGAAAACAAACAAACCAAUGACUUCACUGACCUCUGCUGGAACCAGUCUGUGUGUAUAUCUGUAGUUUUUUGCUGUAAUAUAUUUAGAGGCAUUUUUUUAAUCAUGGAAAAAAAUAUAUUGGGCAAUUCUUUGGGAUUGCAUGAGUUUUUAAUAGUUUUCUUUUGUAGGAGAAGUAAUAUUGGCACAACUGUUAUUUUUUUUUUGUAACAAAAACCAGAAAACUUUGGCAUGUUUUUAAGGAUCUCCUGACCCGUUGUUGCAUUAGUGCUGAAGGACUUGUGACUGCAGCAUCUCGUCAUUCUGCAGUGAAACUGCAUAGGUAAGCAUGCACUGACCUACUAAAGGCAUGUUACAGAAGCUCGGGGGGGAGAGAGCGAGAGAGAGAGAGAGAGGAGGGAGGGGGGGGGGAUUAUCGCAGAAAGUAAUCUAGGACAGCUGAAUCUGAUUUAAGCGAGGGAAGAAAUCAAACCUGUUUGUAAAAUAUUUUGUAAAUUAGUCUCAGCAUGGUCUUCACAGAGGAAAAACCACUCUAUUUAUCAUACUGUUUUUAAAACCAGGCAAUGGCCAAGACUUCCACCACAAACCCUAUACGUGCUGCUUGCAGUGCACACAACUUUGGCCUCUUUACACACACACACACACACACACACACACACACACACACACAUUUAGCUUUUAGAUUAGCUGGACAGAAUAUAGAAAAACCCAAUUCUACAGAUGUAAUAAUAGAGGUAUGUGGUCUGGUUGGUUGAGUCAGGAGUAAAGGAAUGUGGACGUCCGUGUGCUGUAUGUAACCCUGUUUUUAAAUUCUCCACAGAGAUGAGGAGAACGUAUUAAUAUGUAUCUCGCGGUUAUGAAAUAACCUGUAGCAAGACCUGCGUAGAAGAGCGAGAGAGAGGAGCGAAAUAAAUAAAUAAAUAAAUAAAGGCUGGGAUCGGGAUUAAAGGAGGAAGUUGGUGCCAAUGACUGAAGUGUUAACAGAGUUUCCUAUUUACCUCAUGAUGAAUCUGGGAGGAAAGACACCCUGUCCACUGUGUAUAGAUGCUAGUAGACUGGUUGUUGGUGUUUUGUCUGCUCCUUACAUUUUUUGUUAACUUUACUGUUAUUUCAUAUGAAUCUGAUCUUGUACAUUUGUCAUAAUAAAAUGGGUUUCAAGCCUCACGUCA